AGGAGAAAACAAAACGAUACAAAACGAAAUUAAACCAAACGAAACCAAACCAGGAACUUCUUAUCUCCGAAAGCAAAUUAUCUUUUUUAUUUAAUUUCGGGUUUUCCUCGCGCAUGCAGGUGACGAGGUUCCCAGCGGCCAAGCAGCUUAAAGGCGGCGGUGGCGGGGCGGGGUUCCAGCACUGAGUGACUGAGGAACCGGCGCGGGAGUCACCAAACUGGCCGUGUCGAGAGGUCGCCGGCUAGUCUACAAGAACACCCGAACACCCUCUUCAUCAUGCUCCUCUCUGUCUUAGUCGCCGUCCAGGUGGUGGCCGGCGCCAGGGCAGACGACGUGAACUUCCUGCUGUGGACCAGGAGUAACCCCGGCGACUUGCAGUUCCACACGCUGCUGCUCGGGGACGCCGACAACCUGGCCGCCGCGCCCCUCACGCCCUCCGACCCCACGGCGCUGCUCAUCCACGGCUACACCUCCAGCGGCUUCACCGGAUGGUCCCGCACGGCCAAGACAGAGCUGCUGAGUUACAGCCCCUACAACGUCAUCUCCGUGGACUGGGAGAGCCUUGCCGAGGGGCCCUGGUACCCCGGGGCCGUGCAGAACACUCAGGUGGUCGGGGAGCGCACGGCCCGCCUGCUGGAAUGGCUGCAGGAGGAGGCGGGGCUGGACACGACGCUGGUACAGGUAACAGGUCACUCCCUUGGGGCUCAUGUGUCCGGGGCCAUUGGUCAGCACCUUCAAGGCUUCCGCCUCCAAUAUAUCACGGGUCUGGACCCCGCGGGACCGCUCUUCCACAACGUCACCUCGGACUUCCGCCUCGACGCGUCCGAUGCUGAGUUCGUGCAAGUGAUCCACACCGACGCCUGCUCCAUCAUCGAGGGCCGGAGACAAACCGGCAUUGUGUGUGUACAGUCUUAA